UCAUGCUGCUGCCAAGUCCAGAGUCUCUCAUGGGUCCCUGUACGGCCUCCCAUUGCUGCUGUCUCCAUCGCCACACUCUGCUGCCAUGUGCCACUUUCAGGUCUCUUCACACUGCUGGUGUGUUAAAUUUUUUGACAUAGGGUGCAGGCAGAUUACGGGCCUCACAUAGCUGCUGCUGCCAGGCCCCUAAUCUGCCAUGGGCCCCUAUAUAACCGCCUCCUCAUGCUGCUGCCAAGUCCAGAGUCUCUCAUGGGUCCCUGUACGGCCUCCCAUUGCUGCUGUCUCCAUCGCCACACUCUGCUGCCAUGUGCCACUUUCAGGUCUCUUCACACUGCUGGUGUGUUAAAUUUUUUGAC